UGGUCCCAUAGCCCCACAGCGACACAACUGAGGCCGAUGAGAGUUCCCCAAAAACCAAAGGCCAGCAUACAGGACCCACAGGACAGCUCAGCGCCCCCGGUCACCACAGUGAUGCCCGCCACUGAGACAACCCCUCUUGACAGACACUCCAGCCAUCGUCUCACCACACAGCAUAGGCCUACAGGCUUCUAACAUCAACAGAAGAGAUCAAGCAAGUGAACGAAAAUAUAUUUUGAUCAAAGGAGUGCAGGUGCCUCAGAAAACUCAGGUGGCAAAUAUUUAGUUGGUCAGAACUGACGCACUAGUAAGACCUUAAAAAGCAACCACUAUGGGAAACUCCACCAGUAGCGCGUUAUCAAAGGAGAUCCUGCAGGACCUAAAGCUCAGCACCAAAUUCACUGAAAAUGAGAUCAGCCAGUGGUACGAGAACUUUCAGAAGCAGUGCCCGACGGGACGCAUAACACCAGAGGAGUUUGAGCAGAUUUACGCCCGCUUCUUUCCCGAGAGCGAUGCCAAGAGCUACGCUCGACAUGUGUUUCGCUCCUUUGACACCAACGACGAUGGCACUUUGGAUUUCAAGGAGUACAUCAUUGCACUGCACCUGACCUCCACUGGGAAGACCACCCGGAAACUGGAGUGGGCCUUCUCGCUGUUUGAUGUAGACAAGAACGGAUACAUCAACAAGACAGAAGUGACGGAGAUCUGCCAGGCCAUAUUUAAGCUGAUCCCCAAGGAGGAGCAGGCCAAGCUACCAGCGGAUGAGAACACACCCGAGAAGAGAGCCGAAAAGCUGUGGUCUUACUUUGAAAAGAAAGACAAUGAGCGAUUGGCUGAAGGAGAGUUCAUCCAAGGAGUGACUGAAAAUGAGAAUGCAAUGCGUCUCAUCCACUACGAACCAAUGAAAGAUUGAAGGCAUUCCUGUUUUAUCCCCUCUCCUUCUUUUCUCACAUUAGACUCUUUCCUUUCUCUUAAAGUUUUAGUUUGUCCUCUUCCCCUCCCAGCCUCAGAUGCUUUCUCCUCCCUCCUCUUUACUCCACUCGACCCCUCUGUGUAAAUACUCUUUACUGCAGAUGUUAGUUUCAAUUAUCAUUUUCUUUGUUAUACUAAUGUUUGUCAGUGCAUUCUUAUAAAAUAGAGAUAAAAAGAGUCAAAUUCUGGCAUAGUGUUUCAAAACAUGUGCACAGCUAAAAAGAAUAUUUAUGGUGACUAUGGUGAUACAUAACAUAUAUUUGCAUAAAUAGAAUGUGUAUGAUAAACAUCAUUAACUGUUUUAAUGGUUCAAAUAAAAUUUGGGCUCUGGAGAAAUUAAUGGUAAAGGCAGUUCUAUCACCCCCAACUGUUAGCUCAUUAAAGCUUUUUUACAGAACUGGAAAUGUCUUAGUAGAGGUCAUAGAAAUGUUGUACUUUAUUCACUGUACAAUAAAUAAAAGGUUUUCUCA